UCACAGCAGGAUUUAAGAAUAUGAAGAAUGGGCUGAAGAGAAAUAUUACAUCUAUUGAAGACAUUGUCACACGAAUACAAGAUGAGAAAGCAGGUGGUGUUACCAUCCGGACUGUCAAAAGCUUCCUCUCCAAGAUCCCAAGUGUGGUAUCAGGGGCGGACAUUGUUCAGUGGCUGAUGAAAAACCUCUCUAUUGAGGAUCCAGCUGAAGCCAUCCACCUUGGAAGUCUGGUCGCUGCCCAUGGCUACAUCUUUCCCAUCUCUGACCAUGUCCUGACACUUAAAGAUGAUGGAACCCUUUAUCGCUUUCAGUCGCCAUACUUCUGGCCAUCAAACUGUUGGGAGCCUGAGAACACAGACUAUGCCAUUUACCUGUGCAAGCGCACCAUGCAGAAUAAGGCCAGGCUUGAGCUUGCUGACUAUGAGGCUGAGAACCUUGCCCGGCUGCAGAGGGCUUUCGCCAGGAAGUGGGAAUUCAUCUUCAUGCAAGCUGAGGCUCAAGUCAAGAUUGACAGAAAGAAGGACAAGGCAGAGAGGAAGAUCCUGGAUAGCCAAGAGAGGGCAUUCUGGGACGUCCAUCGGCCAGUGCCAGGCUGUGUCAACACCACAGAGAUGGACAUCCGCAAAUGCCGGAGAGAGAGGAACCCACACAGGGUAAAAAAGUCAGUGUAUGGGGUACCAGAUGACGGCCAGAGCCAGCCCAGUCCAAUCCAUAUCAGCUCCCAGCCGGCCAGGAAGCCCACCAAAGAGGACGUUCAGAAGGAGAUAACUUUCUUGAACAUACAGCUGGACAGACACUGUAUGAGGGUUUCUAAAGUGGCUGACAGUCUUAUGAGCUACACAGAGCAGUUCAUGGAAUACGACCCCUUUGUGUCAACCACAGAGCCCUCCAAUCCUUGGAUCAGUGAUGAUACUUCCUUCUGGGACUUGGAGGCAAGCCGUGACCCUGGCCAGCAGCGUGUGAAGAAAUGGGGCUUCUCCCUGGAGGAAGCGCUGAAAGACCCGGCAGGACGAGAUCAGUUCCUGAAGUUCCUGGAGUCAGAGUUCAGCUCAGAGAACCUGCGGUUCUGGUUGGCAGUGCAGGAUCUGAAGCGACGGCCACUCCAGGAAGUGUCCUCUAGGGCGCAGGAGAUCUGGCAGGAGUUUCUUGCCGAAGGAGCACCAAGCUCCAUCAACCUGGACUCUCACAGCUACGAGCGCACCAGCCAGAACCUCAAAGACCCCGGACGCUACAGCUUUGAGGACGCUCAGGAGCAUAUAUUCAAGCUAAUGAAAAGUGACAGCUAUGCACGCUUUUUGCGAUCCAACAUCUACCAAGACCUCCUGUUAGCCAGAAAGAAGCAGCCAGCAGACACUGAACAGGGCCGCCGCACCUCCUUGGAGAAGUUCACCCGCAGUGUGGGCAAGUCAUUGACGGGCAAGCGUCUAACAGGCCUGAUGCAGUCAUCCUGACACAGCCUGAGCUGGAGGGCCACAUCCAGACCCUGUUUGAGGGGUGACCACCACGCAGGGGCCGGAGCAGGGACAGUGGAGCUGGGCUGGACGGUGCUGUUGUGGAGGCUCUCAGACACUGCUCCGAGGACUGCUGCUAUACUGGUCGUGCAGCACUGGGCCUUCUGGGGUGAACGCCCCGAACAGAACCACUGAAGAAAAGACAGUGCCAACAAGGGGAACCUCAGCCAACACACCACAUGGCAUGCAGCAUACACUAUAAGCACAUUCAGACUAGGGCUGCCCUCUUUUCUUCACUCAGUUGGCAGACUGGUUGUUAGGCUCUUUGUCGAAUAAGCUGAUCAGUUUAUAUUGUUUUCAUGUUGUUUUAUAUACUCUAUUUGAAAGCUAUUUGGCACAACUGCAAACAUUUGCAAUGAAUUGACAAUUGGUAUAGUUGUUCUAAAACAGCUGGGGCCAGUCCUGACUCAGACAAACUUGCUUAAAUACAAGUUCAAAGAGGCAUCAACACAGACACAAAUCUAUUUUGCAUAUUUCUCUGUACUUACAAGGCAGCCAGCAAUAAAGGGAGCGGGAGACCACUUUCUUUUUUCUUUUUUUUUAGAAACCCAACCUCUUUUUUAUAUCCUUGAAAUUUCUAUCAUAUCUGUUUCUUAUAAAGCACACAACAUGUAAAUUAACUAGUAAGUAUACAUGUAGUUUUGGCACUAAAAAGGAAUAUAAAGUUUGUUUUCCCCCACAAAUAAUUGAUUAAUGCAUUCUACAAAUUUGAUUUUUUGAAGGUUUUUUGGAUUUUUUUUUCAUGCUUCAUUACAUUCCAAAAUCUAGCAUAAGGGCUUAAUGUAGCAUCCACACUGUACCGUUGCAUGUUUCAUCCAAAUAUCUUUGUUGAGAAUUAAUGUUCCGUUUCUUGCUUUAUAAUGAGACUUACAGAAGGCUGGACGACAGAAAACAGGAAGAUGCAUUUAUUCCAGUUGGCAAAUUGGUCCCCUGCUUUCCUAACUUACAGGCUUGAAGAUGUUUUCAGGCUCCGCAAUUAAAUUAGUAAAUUCAAAAAGGCUGUGUGAAUCUGAGGAGCUUAAAAUCCCCACAUAUGGUUGUGUGAAUCACAAUGAUUUGAGGUUUUAUUUUAGUCACUGUUAUAGAUGCACAGUCACGUGUGUAAUAGCAUUCAAAAAUGCUGUUUUGGGCUCCCACUAUAGUGUACUUUUUUAAUGUUUCCAGUGCCAUGGGUCCAUCUACUGGUGGUUAAACCACAGGACCAGCGACAAAGUGUUAUGAGACUUUAUUAUGCUGUGUUCUCAUCAUACUGAAGGCGAUCUUUUCAUCAUGAUGUCAAAACAAGUUGUUCUCUAAUCAUAGAGAUAUUACAAGGCCUGCUGCCCAAUAUGGGAUCACUUAUGUUUUUGUUUUUUUUUUUUUUUUACUGCAUGAAUAUAUCAUUUUUGUUUUCACAAAACAAUGAAACCUGCCCAUUCUUGUUUGGCAAAAUGCCAUGACUCUUCAUCUAAUAAUUGUCAUGUGUUUUGGUGAUUACUGGAAAAAUGGUGCAUGUUAUUGGACCAUAAUGGAGUGUUAACUGAGGGGAAGAUGGUUUGACUCUCCAAAGACAGCACUCAGAAAGGGUGGAGACCUGAAUACUCUUCAGGGGUGGACAUCAAAGCCCUGAAAUGCAACUGGGAACAAUAUUUGACCCAUCAGGAGCGCCAUAAAAUGAACUUUUAGGCCUCUCUGCUCCACUUUGGCUUCAACCUUCCUCCACAGACAGAAAAGUGCUCGGACUGAGGAGAUUCUAACCUCACAGCUCCCCCAUGAGGCCAGUGACUGCUACAGUGACAGACUACACUGCUGAAUGAGAGAAUCAUCUAUUCUUUUCUAUUAGAGUUGUUGCAAUGCACUGUACAGGUCAUAUUAACAAUUAUCAUUAUUAUCAUGAACCAAUAACCUCUUGAUUAUAAGGUAGAGAGAGAUACUUAACUCCGAGUCGAUGUACCAAAUGUUAUUCUCAGCACAAAACACAAUGACACUAUGUACAAAGUGCAUUGUAGAUGUAAAUUGGCUAAAUUUCAUUAUCCAAAAGCACAUUUUAUGAUAUGGGCACAUUACUAUGCAUGUAACAUAUUCAGGGCAUUUUGUGCUUUUAGUUUCUCAAUCAGCAAGGUAACUACUGGCACUCUAAAACACAAAGCACCUGCUAUCUA